AUGAGGUAUCUGAUUCAAGGUGUUAGUUCAGCCAAAAUCUGGAAAAUGCUGCUCCAGCUUUUUCUCUUUGCCAUCACCACAAAUGUUGUUAGCAGCCAGCUAAUAGCGCCAUCAACAGCUAACUGUACUGGACACUUCAGACGGCCAGACUACAGUGACAUUACUGUGGACUGCGGCACCAAUUACAUAAGUCUAGCCAUACAGAUCUGUCCUGUCCUCUUUUCUGGCUUCAAUGAGUCACAGCUCAUCCUAAACAACAUUAUGAAUGACCAAAACUGCAUUGGCACUGUGGACAAUUCUGUCGCUCCUCCGGUGGUCCGAUAUACCUUCCCCAUUAAUAUUACCAAUGGCUGUGGCAGCACCCUUACGACCACCAACAGCGCAGGCACGGGAAUAUUCUCCGACUUCUCCAACAUCCAGACAGUAAACAUCAGUGGUGUGGUGCGAUCAUAUGACUCCACAAUAGGUGUCGUGACCUACAACACUGACCUGAAGUACUAUUACUCCUGUUCCUAUCCACUAGAAUACCUGAUCAACAACUCACGAAUUGAUGUGUCAUCUUCUGCCAUUGCAGUGAGGGACCGAAACGGCAGCUUCAUCAGCACCCUGAGUCUGAAGCUUUACAGUGAUCCAGGCUACACCACACCCCUGGUAAUUCCUGCUCAGGGCAUUGAACUGCGGACGACUGUUUAUGUGCUGGUCACAGCCACCAACCUCACUGCUCAGUAUUUUGUCCUGCUGGAUAGAUGCUAUGCUACUGUGGCCCGUUAUCCAUCUAACUCCACCUUCUUUAACUUCUUUGUGGGGUGCAACAAAGACGUACUGACCAACUUGACAGAGAAUGGUGCAAGUCAGAAUGCACGAUUCUCUUUUCCUGCCUUCCGCUUCACAGAGCAAAGGAACCAGUCUAUCUCCAGUUACUACUUACACUGCAUCACUCGACUGUGUGAGAUUAGUGCCUGCCAAGCCUUUAAGUCAUGUCCUACGGGCAGAAGGAGAAGAGAGGUAGACAUUGGCAACCAAAAUGGAAUUACGGAUUCUACCACUCUCGUCUCCCCGCUCAUCGUCACCAAACCUGGAUUUAAAAGUGACUCCCUGUUUGUGUCUCUCCCAGCUGGGACCAGCGCUAGGAGUGGUUCGGACCCCACCGUUGGGCUCGGAGUUGCAGUGGGCAUCCUGGCAUUCGUCUGUGUUGGCAUUCUCGUGGGAGCUGCUGUGUUCUCCAAGAAACACAUCAUCUCCUCCAAAAUGCUCUGCAGCUAA